GUUAUUAGAAAAUCUCUGAACGACGUGAACAGGCGCGCGUGAUAUUGAACCAUUACAAUGGUAUUACGGAGCAGAUUAGGCAUGCUAACAUGGGGUUUGAGAAAGAUGUUACUGAUGUGUUUUGCUCUGAGUUGAUUAAGAAGUAUCAGGUCGAUGAAAAUGAGAUUUGAGAUUAGUAGAUCUGCUCCUUAUCGAUGUUGUGAUCUGAUGUUUUUUUAUAUAUUUAUUUUUGUUUUGUAUGAUGAUGAGUCCGGUGAUUGGAACUAUGUUGGUGUAAGCUUUUCUUUAUAUUGAUGUGUUACUUCCCGGCUUGGGAAGUGUCUUUAAUAUUGAUUUUUUUGUUAUUCAUCUCUAUUAAUAGCUUUACAUACUACAUGCCAGCUGAACUUGAUGGUUUUAUGGAGAUUAUGAUAUAAAACAUGAGGUGGAAAGAAACUUAGAAGAAGAGGUAAAGAUAAGUAAUUUUUUGUGAAACAUAUCAUACAAAAUACAUGAAAAUUCAUAGGUACACAUUUCUAUUAAAUUAAUGAUUUUUACAAUACUAAAUGUUCGAAUUUGUAUGAUGAUUUGCACUAAGCUAAUAUAGUGGUUGUGUUUUAACUACAUCAAACAGAUUAAAUCGGACUGGACUUAAUUACAAACCAUCCCAAAAGCGUCAGAGUCAGGUCUUUGGACUGACUACAAACUCAACUCCCCAAUCUACUUUGGGUAUCAAACAAAAUUUUGAAUGGACUUUGGUGGGCCUAGUUAUUUCUCAUUCCAUGAUAAAAUAUUGUGCGUGUGUGUGUACACACUACAGAGAAAAACUUUUAAGCGAACCAAAGAGGCAAAGAGACCUCAGGUUUGGUAUGCAACCCUACCAAGACACCAAGGGUUAUUGGACCAACUGUCCCCAAUCAGUUACUAGUACAUCACCAAACUCAAUAUUCCAUAUUAUAUUAUAACGUAUUUCUGCAAUUUCACUUGCAGUUUAUUCGAAUUAUAAAAAUAAAAACAGUUGUGGGAAGCAAAACAAAAAACAAAAUAAAAUAACGAGAAUUGAAGAAAAUGCCAAAAAAAAGACAGAAAAUGCCAAAAAAAAGACAGAAAAACAGAACCAGAAAAUUGCCAAAUGUCAAAAACCCAAGUUUGGUCGCCGUCAGAAAGAAAACUUUCCAAUUCGUAGAAGAGAAAAAGGGAGAGAGUCAAAUAAAAACCCUAAUCAUUUCAAUUGAUCCCACACACACACACACACUGCCUUUAACAACCCCCCUGGCGUCGUCGUCUUCCCAUUAUCUUCUCUCGUCCUUAUAUAAAGAUUCAAAACUUUCAUCUAUUGUUCUAUUGUCCUUCUCCUCCUCUCCAUCCUCGGUUUCAUCAUCGUCACAGCCUCUUAACUGUUUUGCAGAAAUGGCUACGGUUGUGUCUCAGCAAGCAAUUACUUCUCAAAGACCUUCUUCUAACUUCAAAGCUUCUCACUUUCUAAAGGAACCUCUCAAUGUUCCUAUCAAACUCAGACAAAAACAAUUCAAGAUCCAAGCAACUGCAUCUCAAGCUCCACUUCUUGACCCUGUCUUGUCUCCUUCCAAGACCAUCCCUCAAUCUUACAAGAAAAAAUCAAAUGAAGCAUCUCUGAUACUAAUCAGGCAUGGAGAAUCGUUGUGGAACGAGAAGAAUCUCUUCACGGGCUGUGUUGAUGUUCCAUUAACCGAGAAAGGUGUGGCUGAAGCUAUCCAAGCCGGGAAGAGGAUCAGCAACAUCCCUGUUGAUUUGAUCUUCACUUCUUCUCUCAUCCGUGCUCAGAUGACUGCUAUGCUUGCCAUGACUCAACAUCGCUGCAAGAAGGUUCCAAUCAUCUUACACGAUGAGAGUGAAAAGGCGCAGACUUGGAGUCAUGUUUUCAGCGAAGAAACUAGGAAACAGUCUAUCCCUGUUAUAGCUGCUUGGCAACUGAACGAGAGAAUGUAUGGAGAGCUGCAGGGGUUAAACAAGGAAGAAACAGCUGAGAGAUAUGGAACACAGCAAGUUCAUGAAUGGCGUAGGAGUUACCACAUUCCUCCUCCUAAAGGAGAGAGCUUGGAGAUGUGUGCUGAGAGAGCAGUUGCUUAUUUUGAAGACAAUAUUCAACCAGAGCUUGCGUUUGGGAACAACGUGUUGAUUGCUGCUCAUGGGAACUCGUUGCGGUCUAUCAUUAUGUAUCUUGACAAAUUAACUUCUCAAGAGGUUACAAGUCUAGAACUAUCUACGGGUUUACCGUUGCUUUACAUCUUCAAAGAUAGAAAGUUCAUGAGACGAGGAAGCCCCGUUGGUCCUACAGAAGCUGGUGUCUAUGCUUAUACUAAGAGAUUGGCGCAAUACAGACAGAAGCUUGAUGAGACCCUUACCUAAUGGAAGAUCUGUCUCUCUUUAGUUUUGUCUUUCACUUUCUGAGUUCUUAUGUAGUGAGACAAGAAUCAUCAAGAACAGUUUUAUAAUAUGUACUAGAUACAAAAUCACGUCCGUUACAUUGUUAUUACCACUCCAGUAUUGAGUUUGGUUUAUAUGUUUUGAGAUUCAGACAUUAACGGUAAGAAUGAGGUUCAUCUCUAACGCUUAAGAAAUACUUUCCUUCGUUAGCUUUGA